AUGACAUUGAAAUCACAUAUAUAUCAAAGAUACACCCAUUUUAAAGUGACACAAUGUGCCCCAGGAGUAGCGUUGGUGGAAAUCAACCGGCCCAAACAAGGUAAUAGUUUCGAACACACCACCUGGAUCCAGUUUCGAGAUCUCUUGCUUCAACUAAAUAACGAGAAAGACGACAACACCGUCAAAGUAAUUAUAUUAAUGGGCACUGGUAAACAUUUUUGCACCGGUUUAAAUUUGAAGUUUGCCAUCAACCACAUUGGCAAACUUGGACUAAGGGCAAAGCGUUCCCGAGAUGGGAUGGCCAGCAGCAGCAGCAGCACCAGAAAGAAACUCAUUUACCAAUUCAUCAAAGAGUUUCAAGCGGCCAUUGCUACCCCCACCAAGAUCGAUAUUCCAAUCAUUUCGGUUUGUCAUGGGGUAACUUAUGGAUUAGCUCUUGAUAUUAUGGCGACCACCACCGUCAGAUACGGUACCGAAGGCUGUAAAUUCGCGAUCCCUGAAAUCAAGUUGGGGUUCGCUGCCGACAUUGGGGCAUUACAAAGAUUGCCGCACAUCAUCACCAAUCAUUCAUUAUUCAACGAACUUGUGUUGACCGGUGAGUCGUUUGAUAUUACCACCGCCAAAGAAUUGGGAAUUGUGUCCAAAGUUUUCAAUACGAAAGCUCAAGCUUUCACCGAAGCUUUGAAGCUUGCAGUUAAGAUUUCCAAAUUCAGUAGGGAUAGUAUAGCGGGUACCAAAAAUAGUCUCACAUCGAUGGCAGAAGGAGAAUCAGUAGAUACGGGCUUAGAGAAUGUGGCAAGAUAUAAUUCCGAGACUUUACCGGUUUUGAAAAUGCCAAUAUCAAAAUUAUGA